AUGCUGUCGCUUUGGGCUGGUUUUAUCCUUUUAUUUGGAUUUAUCGUUGGCCAGGGACUUUUGUCACCUUUGUCGAAGGUACCUGGUCCGUGGUAUACACGGUUCACAAGCCUUUGGCUCAAAUACCAAGAGUUCACGGCUAAUCGGCGAGAGUCCAUCCAUGCCCUUCACAAGAAAUAUGGACCCGUUGUCCGUCUUGGUCCAAAUGAAGUGUCGUUUACAAGCCUUGAUGCCAUCAAGGAAAUCUAUGCCUCUGGGGGCAGUGGCUACGAUAAGACGGAAUUCUAUUCUCUUUUUAAGCAGUUCAAGACAAAAACUAUGUUCUCUACACUGCCAAGGGACGAACAUAGCAAGAGAAAGCGCCUCUUUGCAGAGAGAUACGCCAUGACCAAUGUCAUGAAAGCAAAGCCUCUGGCCGCUAUCAAUGAGCGUGCCCUGACCUUUGUCAGCCAGUGCACAGAAGCGGGCAAGAAAAGUGUUGAUGUUUAUGUGCUCCUACACUGCUACGCUCUGGACUGUGUCACCCACUUCAUGUUCAGUCCAGGCGGAUUGAAAUCCUUGAACGUUCAGAAAGACUUUGACAUCAUGCAAGAGCUCACCUACCAUCAGAGUCUACAGAAAAACCUCCUGGAGUACUACCUCCCAACACUGGCCCCAUACUUCCCCUCAAUCCUGCACCCACGAGCAUCCCCUCAAACCAACCAAUACGUCCAAGAGAUGGUCUCUCAACCCAACGUCGAAGACCACACCCUCGUGGAAAAACUAAACCGCAAAGAAUCAAACCUCGAACUCAUCCAAGCCGCAGCCGAAUGCAAAGAUCACAUGGCCGCAGGAAUCGACACAACUGGCGACGGCCUCUGUUUCCUAAUGUGGGAACUUUCCCAGCCCCCAAAUCUCGAAUUCCAAACUAAACUCCGCCACGAAUUGACCACUGCCCCGGCAGAUGCCCCUUUGGAUAGCCUGGUCUACCUCGAUGCAGUCAUCAAAGAAGCACUGCGUGUCUCGCCGCCUAUACCGAUGUCAUUACCUCGCUAUGUUCCCCUUGGCGGAAGACUAAUUGAUAAAUACUUUAUGCCUGCGCAUACAAUUGUCAGCUGCCAGCCUUAUACGGUGCACCGGUAUCAUGAGGAUGUUUUCCCGGACCCGGAUCGGUUCUAUCCUGAUAGGUGGGUUGAGGAGAAAGGUGCUGCGGAGCGGAACAGGUAUUUCUUCUCCUUCGCUACAGGUGGUAGGGGAUGUACAGGCAAGAAUCUUGCGAUGGUGGAGAUGAAGACUUUGUUGCGGGAAGUGUAUUCGCAAUUUCAAACUACUGUUGCGCCAGAUAUGAAUGCCUCCAUGGAGAUUGAUGAUCAAAUUAUUGCGUCGAGGCCGAAGGGGCAGUCGUGCAAGUUGAUUUUUACUCCUGUUUAG